AUGCGUUGUUCACCUAUUCGAUUAUCGGCGCUCCCACCUACGCUACGAAAUAUCCUUUCAUCCGCCCAACAACAGGCGUCUUCUUCGUCGACCUCCACUACCUCGCAAUCUUCAUCGAGUUCAUCAAAAUCUUCAGCAGCAGACGCAGCAGAGGGUGGACCACCGAUCGAAGUGAAUGGAUGGAUAAAAUCUAUUAGAUGUCAUAAAAACGUGUCGUUUCUAGAAGUGAAUGAUGGAAGUGUCGGAAAAGGUUUACAAGCUGUUCUGAAAGGUAAAGGGAAAUCUGAAGGCUUAACGAACGGAACAAGUGUCAACUUGAUUGGAAAAUUGGAAAAAUCAAGAGGCAAAGGACAAGAUUUAGAAUUGUUAAUUCAAGAUAUAAAUGUUUUAGGUAUAUCAGAUCCAGAGACAUAUCCUAUACAGAAGAAAUCGCUUCCUGCAUCUGUACUUCGAGAUAAUGCGCAUCUUCGAUUUAGAACGUCUCAGACCUCCGCUGUUAUGAGGAUAAGAGAUGCUCUAAUGAGAGAUUGGCAUGAUUGGUUCGAGAAUAACGGUUUCACACAUAUACAUACUCCUAUACUGACUGGAUCGGAUUGUGAAGGUGCUGGAGAAGUCUUCACUUUAUUCGACAACAAACCCUCUCCCUCAUCAUCGUCGACUUCGUCUUCAUCCUCGUCUUCGUCCUCGUCUUCUUCCUCUAAAGCGACGCAACCAUUCUUCCCGCAUCCCGUACAUCUGACUGUAUCCGGUCAACUUCAUCUUGAAGGUCCGACACAUGCCUUAUCUCGAACAUAUACACUCUCACCCGCUUUUAGGGCCGAACCAAGUUUGACUUCAAGGCAUCUAUCAGAAUUCUACAUGUUGGAAGGUGAGAUUGCAUUUGUGGACAAGUUGGAUCAAUUACUGGAUGUAGUUGAAGAUGGAGUAAAAGUGACUAUUGAACGAAUACUUUCAACGAAGAAUGAUAAUGGUAAUAAAAGAGGUGAAAGAGUAAGAGAGGAUUUGGAGAUAAUAGCUAAAUCAAUAUUCGAUAAUCAACUUACUUCUGCUUCUGCUACAGAAGAUCAUGAGAAGAUACCUGAUCAACCAACUAUAAAUCAAUCAGAUCCUCUAAAUCACUUACGUCAAAUCAUUAAUAAACCUUUUACACGCAUAACAUAUACUUCAGCAUUAAAGUUAAUCUCGGAUAUACAUGAGAGAGAAGAACCAUUCGAUCAUCAACCUCCUAAAUGGGGUGAAGGAAUUUCAACAGAGCAUGAAAAAUGGUUAGCUUUACAUUUUGGUGGACCAGUCUUCAUCACUCGAUAUCCAGCUUCAAUCAAACCUUUUUACAUGUUACCUUCCUCUUCAACACCUCCUCAAGAUGAUUCUGGAGGAAGACAAACACAAACAGUAGAAUGUUUUGAUCUUCUUUUCCCACAAUUAGGUGAAAUGGCAGGUGGAUCAUUAAGGGAACAUAGAUUACCUCAACUGAUAUCAGCUAUAGAAAGAGCUGGAAUGAACAAAGAAGAUUAUGAUUGGUAUCUUGAUUUAAGAAAGUACGGGUCUGUCCCUCACGGUGGAUGGGGAAUGGGUUGGGAAAGAUGGGUUAGUUGGGUUACUGGGGUUGGAAAUAUUAGAGACGUCGUUGGAUAUCCUAGAUGGAAAGGUCAUUGUAAAUAUUAG